UAAACACACACUUGUUACGUUUCUGUGUCUCCCUAGGGGCUGAUUUUCAGAUUCAAGUUCUUGAUGCUAAUCACAUUAGCUUGUGCAGCCAUGACCAUAAUAUUUUUCAUUGUCAGUCAGGUGACUGAAGGCAGCUGGAAAUGGGGCGACUACACCGUCCAAGUGAACAGUGCCUUUUUCACAGGGAUCUACGGGAUGUGGAAUCUUUAUGUCUUUGCUCUGAUGUUCUUGUAUGCUCCCUCACACAAAAACUACGUCGAAGAGCAAUCAAACGGAGACCUGGGAGUAAACAGCGGAGAAGAGCUUCAGCUCACUACCACCAUAACCCACGUGGACGGACCGACAGAGGUUUACAAACUGGCUCGCAAGGAAGCCCAAGAGUAACCACUAAAGCAGGACUCAUCAGGCACAAACUGUGGGUGACACAUGGAAAGGGUGAUGAUCUGGGUCUAAAAUCACCCCCAAAGUGCCUGGCACUGACGGGGCAUUUUCACGGAACGGUGGCAACCUGGUGGAAAUGCUGCUUUGAUAGUAGUGUAUCUUUCUUUUGACUUUUCCCCCCCACGACACUCUUUAGUUUGUCUUGGGUGUUAACUGCAGAAGGUGGGGUGGGGGGUGAUUGAGAGUGAGAAUUGAUGUAUGGAAAGGAGAGGUGCCCGUUUCCAUGUAGGACCUUUGGUUUAAUACCUUACUCAUUACCUACACACCUGCUGCUCCUUCUGACAUAGGGACAUUAUUGGGAAACAAAGUUGGAAUACUUUGUGCGUCCCCAAGUUAAGGUUUUUUUAUUCCACACUCCCAAAACCUACGUUUAGAACCAUUUUUUGUUCUUUAUUUAUAUCACACGUAAUGGUUAAUAUUUACAUGCUUUAAUAAGCACAUUCAUGACUUCUUUUCUAGUCUAGUAUAAAACUACUUUUUGUAAAGUUUUGGUACAAAUAAGGUCAUUUCAGCUUUAAGUCGGGCUAUUUGUGUGCAAGUGUGGGUGUGCGUGCGUGCGUGCUGUGAAUACUAACAAGUUUAUCUGGUGUAGAUAUCUUUUUAUAUGCCCCAAGAAUCCCUGUUUACUUGUAUGAUACAUAACCCACGGAGGUGUAAGGGCUGUUCGUGUGCACUGUUUAAUUCUUUUGUUCUGUUUCUAUUUCUUUUCUUUUUUAAAUAAUGUAACUUGGGGAAUACUGUAGACCUUUUUUUUCUUUUAUACUAUGAAUAAAAUAUACAAAUAAUUAUG